UUGACUAAAUCAUUUAUGGAAAAAUACAUUUUGUUCUUGCUAGAGUCACUGGUAUUCUUUAGGUAAAAAUCCCACAUCUAAAUCAGUGUAGGAAAAUACCUUUAAAAAGCUGAAAUCACAGCAUCUUUUCUUUUUGAUACUAUUGGAGUUAACUGAGUUAAUUGAGAUGAGUAACAUCACAUACACGUGGCACAUGCACAUUACACACAUGUUCAGAAAAGAGGGAGGGACACUAAUACACACAUCCUAUAACGCACAACCUGCAUAAGUAGAUUACUAUUUCUUUUUUUAAUGGCCUGUUUUUAACUUCUUUUCAACCAAUUUAUUCCCACAGCAAUUAUGCUCUGCCACACUUGGGCUUUACCAGGAGUAAGAGUGAGGAGUGAGGACGACAGAGAAAAUGUCCACAAGGACACAAGAGAUCACGCUGUGGUCACAUAUAUUUCAGCGUGAUACACCUGGAAGCUGCGGUCUAAUGGACACUAAUUUACGAGACGGGGACAGGGACCGGGAGGUUUGCUCCGGGUCUGUUUCCUCUGAGUCGGUCGGGAGUGGGACCUCAUUCUGGGGCUUUUAUGUCACUGCUGUGCUUAAUGGCCUGUGUGCCUUCUCUGAGGCCUGCUACACGCAUGCAGUAAAUCAACAGAGGAGGAACAUACCAGUUAAUCACAGCCUUUGUUUCUGACUGAGAGAAGACAAUACAUCUAACUGAAUGCCACCGAGUUGACAGAGAGAGCAUCAGGACGACUAACGCUGUCAUAUCAGAGAGACCAACUUCCUCAGCAGCUGUGGCUGCGUCUGAAAAGAAUCAGUUUUUUCAUCCACCUCUCACCACUGUCAGCAAACCACACUUAUAUAACUGAGACUAAAGUGUUGGGACAAAUGUAAGAUAGCAUCACCUCAUCGCACAGUCACAGUUAAAACGCUUUUCUUUUUAAAUAAGCAUGGUUGUAAACAUUGCAAUUAAAAAAACAAAUAUUCCGGGCUGGUUUGGUUUACGCUGCCGGACGGCCUAAUCCAACACUAUUCAACACGGGACAUAAUGAACAGGCAGAGGAGAAUGUAAAGCAUUGAUUACUGCUAUUGUCAAGCUGCAGGCGCUAAAAUAGCUUCAGGCUUAGCUUAAAAACAAUAUGAGGGACCGUAUAUUAUGUGCUGAAAAAUGAAUCUGUCUACAAACAAGAACAUGCUGCUGAUUUUUUAAUCUAGGGUGACUGUUGUAAAAGAAAACCACAUUCUUAUCUUCUCUACAUUAUGCAACCUGUAAUUUAAUAUCACUUUUAGAUACAAGAUUCAAAAUAUAUAAACUGGAAACAGCCAACUCCCCUUUUUGUUUAAAUCUGAGAGUUUCCGAGCACAUAUUUCAUUUUUUGUCGCAGGCUUUUAGCAAAGUUUAACAGCCAGCUCCAUCAAAUACAUACAGUGGCAGCCUUCUACAAUAGCCUAAUUAAAAAGCUUUCAAGCUUGUUUUUCAGAUCCACUAAUCACUGAGACAGUUCGCUGGUUGUUUACGGCCUGUGUGAGCACAAGCAUACACCGCCUAACAGCAAAUGAAUCUCCAAUAAUCUAAUUUGAGGUCCCCUAUUUAAACGUAAUUAGACUCGGCGUGUGGUCCGCACUCAACUCAAAUAUGUACGGUGCAAUAUCUAGACUGAAAACUGCAGCAAUGUAAAGGUUUGAAGUUAGGUAAUGAUCAUGGCAGAAAUGGAGCGAGCGACACGUGAGCGGACGGUUCUGCAGCUCAGAGCCGAAAGCAGAGACACAGCCGGUAAGAGUCAAAAGCUUUUGAAUCCGUAGCGUCAUAAAUAAGAAAAGAUAAAAAAGGGAUAAAUUAAAAGGUUGGGAUAAAGCAACCCACCUUUUAAAAGCAGUGAUAUUCUUCUUGGAAAAGGCGCUCAGAUUAUCCAAUGAUAAAGUAGGUUUCCUCUCAGAAUCAUAAAUUUACUUAACUACUUUAAUGUCAUGUGCUUUGUCAUUCGUUGGUUUGCUGUGAACCCACGACACCAUGCAUGUAGGAUGACGUCAUGGUUCAGGGGGACAGAACUGUAACACCGUUAUGAUUACAUGUUGUCUCUUGGCCUUUGCUGAUUUCUUUCCCUGCAGUAAUAACAUGAAGACUGUAUAUCAGUAUUUCAAGAAAGUGCUCAUGUGACCAAUAUGUCUUACCGCGGAAGAUGAAUAAGUUAUGGUGAGUUUAGACGAUGACGCUCAUUCAAAUUUUAAAAUCUGAUCCGCAGGAGCUUUGACAGAAUUUCUUUACUUAUUGUGGGGCCGUUCCUUCUGGAUAUUUUUGGUUAUGUUAUGAAAAGUUUUUACAAAUGUACAUAUUAUAUUUAUGCACAUGCCCAUAAAAAAGUGUAAUCAACUUCAGAAUAUAAAAAUAGGCCUAUUAUAAUUAAAGAUUGAAGAUCAUUAUUCUGUAUCUGCAACUGAAAUCCAUUCAUUUCCAUGAAUGAAACAAAUGGAAAUUACUGGAUGUAGGAAAUGUUGGAAACAAAGACAGCAAAUCAGAAGUGGAGCUUCUCCUUUCUCACUAAAAUAAAGUUUAUUUACGCAUUUAUUAACAUGUUUUAUUUCAUUGUGGUUAGAUUUGUAGGCAGUGUUAAAUAGUUCGUCUUAAUCUUGGUUUAUGAAAGGAUUGUUUAUUGGAAAAUUAAAGAGGAUUAAUUCAUUGUUUUUUUCUCCUAAACACGUUUAUUAAAAGCUUCUACUUCGAUAACUCAACAUUUUCCUCUUCCUUCUUAUUCUCUGAAUGCAUGUUUCCAUUUAGAUUUUGACUGAGAUCAAUCUGCGUAUAACUUGUUUACUCUCAUCUUGUCUCAGGCAAUGGCAGCACCUGAGCAACUGGGCGCCCACAAGCACCAGCCGGACACACUGUGGCCCCCACUCUAUCUCUUUAUUAUCAGCUAAUUAGUGUGGUUAAUCAGGCUGAUGAUGAGCCAGGGCACCGUGCCAUUUCAAUCUGACACCAGGCCGGGGUUCAGACCCCCACCAGGCACACCACGGCCAUCCGAGAUCUCCCUGAAGACAAAUCAUCCUCGGCACCAGAGGACAGAGGGAUGACAAGGGCAGCAGUGGUGAUGGUCUUUCCAGAUCUUUCUGCCCUUUGGUCUCAGCAGCUGGGGACACUGAACACAUCAAAAACUGAUGCUCUCUGUCACGUAUGACCCUUCAGAUCCAUACAGACAUGUUUCCUAACCCGCCUCCCUCCUACAAAACACACACAUCCCCAACAAUUUCCCCUCCACAGUCAUGUAAUCGAAAACAAUCCAGUGCUAUCACCUCCCAUCUGUCUCCUCUCUCUCUCUCUCUCUCUCUCUCUCUCUCGCUCUCUCCCUCCCUCUUGCUCCCCCUCUCCCUCUCUCUCCCUCUCCCGGCUGCCUCACUCAGUCCCUGAGCAGCGCUGAGCUGAGCAGGAUAACGUCUCCUUCAACCCGCAGCACAGACUCAUUUCUCUCCACACCAGCUCUGAGUGGAUGCUCAGGAGGGGUGUUUGAGAUAUUAGCACGCUGUGGGGGGGAACGGCUCAGGGACAUCUACCAUCCACACUGAAAGUCAGGAGGAAUAUGGGCAAAUCCGAAAGCCAAAUGGAUAUCAUGGAGAAAUCAAGUAAACCUGGAAAGCGUCGUUGGACUUUCGCGGAGAUCAGUCUGUCCGUGCUUCUGCUGUUGGUCAGCUGUGCCUUGGCCGGGCUGGUGGUCCUCUACACAUCAGUUGUGAAAGAACAAUCGAACAGGUCCAGUGUGUCAAGGAGCUCAACACGAGAGGGUCAGCUGUUUCGCUCCAACCUCAACAAUGUGUGCACAACGGCGGACUGUGUCACUGCAGCUGCUCGGCUCCUGCAGAACAUGGAUAAGUCUGUGAAGCCCUGCGAUAAUUUCUACCAGUACGCCUGCGGGGGUUGGCUGGAGCGCCAUGUCAUCCCGGAGACCAGCUCUCGUCACAGUGUCUUUGACAUUCUGAGGGACAAGCUGGAGAUUGUCCUCAAAGGUGUUCUGGAGACGGAGAACGAGCAGGACAGGGAUGCCAUCAGAAAGGCCAAAACCCUUUACAGCUCCUGCAUGAAUGAGAGCCUCAUAGAGCAGCGUGACUCCCAGCCCCUCCUAACGCUCAUCGAGAGUAUCGGAGACUGGCCUGUGGCCUCAGACGACUGGAACUCCACAACAGAGGAGACGUGGAGCCUCGAGGACACGCUGGCGACGCUCACUGCUCGUUUCCACAAGAAGGUUUUGCUGGACUUGUACGUCUGGACAGAUGACCGGGACUCUCGGCGCCAUAUCAUUUAUAUUGACCAGCCAGGACUUGGAAUGCCAUCAAGAGACUAUUACUUCAAUGAUGGAAACUACAAAAAGGUUCGAGAGGCCUACCUGCACUUCAUGUUCUCCAUCGCGAAGAUAACCCGAGAGGACAGGAACUUGACCCAGGAUGACGAGCGUGUGUGGGAGGAAAUGAUGCAAGUGCUGGAACUGGAGACAGACAUCGCCAACGCCACAUCACCAGCAGAGGAAAGACAAGAUGUCACAGUUCUCUACAACAAGAUGACACUGGGUGAACUACAGAGCACGUUCAGCUUGAAUGGUUUUAACUGGACACGAUAUAUUCAGGGUGUGCUGUCGAGUGUGUCCGUCGAGGUGCAGCUAGCGGAGGAGGUGGUGGUGUACAGCUCCCCCUACCUGGAGAAGAUGAAUGACGUUCUCUCCAGACACAGCUCCAGAACUAUGCAGAACUACCUCAGCUGGCAGCUCGUCAUUGACAGAGUCAAUAGCUUGAGCCGCCGCUUCAAAGAUGCCAGAGCCCGUUACAGGAAGACUCUCUAUGGGACGACAGUGGAGGAUGCUUGGUGGCGGGAAUGCGUCCGUUACGUCCAGAACAGCAUGGAGAACGCAGUGGGAGCUCUGUACGUGCGUGAGACCUUCGCCGGAGAAAGUAAACGAAUGGUCAGUGACCUCAUCGGUAAGAUCCAGAAAGCCUACGUGGAAACUCUCGAGGAGUUAAGCUGGAUGGAUGCACCCUCAAAAGAGAAAGCAAGAGAGAAGGCCAUGGCAAUCAAGGAGCACAUUGGUUAUCCAGAUCAUAUUCUACAGCAAAGCAACCUGAAACUUGACCAGGAGUAUGCACAUCUGAACUUUAGUGAAGAACACUACUUUGAGAACAUCCUGGAGAACCUGAAGUCUGAGGCGCAAAAGAGUCUGAAGAAGCUCAGAGAACCGGUGGAUCCUGACUUAUGGAUCAUUGGUGCUGCAGUGGUGAACGCAUUCUACUCACCCAACAGGAACCAGAUAGUGUUUCCUGCUGGGAUCCUGCAGCCGCCAUUCUUCAAUAAGCAUCAGCACCAGGCCCUGAACUUUGGUGGAAUAGGAAUGGUUAUCGGACAUGAGAUCACACAUGGAUUCGAUGACAACGGUCGUAAUUUCGACAAGGACGGUAAUAUGCUGAACUGGUGGAGUAAUUACUCUGCCGAGCAUUUUAAAGAGCAGUCGCAGUGCAUGGUGCAGCAGUACGGCAACUUCAACUGGAAGCUAGCAGGUGGACAGAACGUAAGUGGAAUCAGCACUUUGGGGGAGAACAUCGCCGACAACGGAGGAGUUCGUCAAGCAUACAAGGCUUACCUUAAGUGGGUGGAGAUGGAGGGCGAGGAGCCCUGUCUUCCUGGUCUCGAUAUGGAUCACAAGCAACUUUUCUUUCUUAACUUUGCCCAAGUGUGGUGUGGUGCUUAUCGGCCUGAGUACGCCAGCCAGUCCAUCAAGACGGACUCACACAGUCCCUUAGAAUACAGGGUGCUUGGAUCUCUUCAGAAUUUCGAAGCCUUCUCAGAAGCUUUCCAGUGCCAGAAGGGCAGUCAAAUGAACCCUGAGCAGAAAUGUCGCGUUUGGUAGAAAGUUUUAUUCAUGAAAUAAUUGUUUCCUGACUUGGGCCACUCAGAUCAAGUUUUACCCACAGAGAAGAUUCUACUGAAGACAUUCCAGUUUAUUUAGGGGCAGACUGUCGAGCUCUCCAGUUUCAAAACUCAAAAUAUAUUAUUUACUGUUUUAAAAAAAAGAAACUUGCUUGAGUAUCUAUCAAGUUUGAAGUGUUGUCUCUGGAUGAGUCAGUAACUCGUUCUUCUUUUUUUGCUGUGUCCCACAACAGAAGACGAGUGGGUACGAGACUGAAAAUGUUCCGUAGAAAACAAAAGAUCUUGUGAAAGGGUUAAACUCAUGACUUUAAAUACGUUACUGCCCUUCUUGAAUUAAUCAGUUACAAACAAAAAAAAUCUCUAGUUCAGAUCUUUGUGACUUAUCCAUUAACGUCUGACACUGAGAUGCCUCUGUGUCUUUCCUCCGAAGUGUUGUUUUCAAGAUGUUGUGCCACUCUAGAAAAAAAUCAAUAGCGAACCAAUCUAACACUGACUGAACUGCGAGUCUGAAGGAAAUGAAAGCUUGUGAAAGCUACAGAGGAAUUAGUCACAAUCUGAGAGUUUGGCUAUUCACUGUUACAUGAAACAAAUUACCUUAAGACUUUAAGACUGUUAAAUCUUUGCAGCUUUAACCUUAAAUUAACAUUCUGAGAGCUGUGGCUGUCAACGUUUUUAUACUGGAUGAAUAUUUCAAAUUAAGGAGGCAUUUAGCAGUUUUGCAGUUUUGUCCCAUCCUGCAGUUGGACGCCUGGUCCUCGGUGCAGAGGUGUACUUGUAUAUCAUGGUGGUUUGCUGUAGCACGUCAUUAUCCAGAUGUAUUAAAAAAAUAUUGGUGGCAUACCACAUUUUAGUGAGAAAAACCCAGCACUUGUUGAAUGUAGUCAUGUGAUAAUGAUGAAAAUGUCACUUUAUUAAAUGAUUGGUUACUGACAUUAAUCACGUAGAUGUAGGUUUUGGGUGAACAGUAAAAACACUAUUCACAGUUGUGCUGUGUGUUUGAAGCACAACCCCCCAUUUGUUCUGCUUCCACACACUUACAGCCUCUGAAAUGUUCAUACGGGUUUAUUUUAGUUCUAAAAUUCCCACCACCACUCAUACCUACAAUUACUCAAAAUAAGAAGAUCUCUUUGUAUGAUAUGUGUAUGUUAUAUUUAACCAAAAAAAGGUGGCUGAUCUGUAGACGAACUGGUCUUCUCUUUUGUUCCACAUUCUCCCGAGACGAGCCCUGAACACAGUGAUUACAAGACUUUAAGCCUUUGGGUUGGGAGGGGGGGGGGGACAUAGCCAAUUACAUGCUAAGGGGAGAGGAAGAGAAAACCCCUCAGAUACACUCACGCAUGGAGAGGCAGCCGAUGAAGUGGCUCGCCUUCUGAUCUCGCAUUGAUCAGCGCUGUCAGAGAUGAAUGGGCGAAGUGCAGUGUGCUGAAGCGCGGUGACCGCUGUGGCCGAACGGCGAGCCCAUGGGCAGGCAACUCUGAAGAAUAGAGCUCGUCAUUAGAAAGGCGGACAGGGCCAGGACUGUUAUUUUCUACCUUUAUUAACAAGUAAUGACAGGAGAAUCAAAGCUGAACACAACUAAUAGGAGAGGGUGGAUGUCGUGGAGCCACCAUUGUAUGUGCCGAAUAGAGCUUUCAAACACAGCGGAAAAGAAAACCUACACACACACAAACAAUACUCAGCCCGUUUGAUUGUCUUCUUUGUCGUUGGUCACAUUCAGAAUGCCUUGGUAAACUGAACACGACUGUUAGGUCUCAACAGAGGCUCAUGAACUGAAUGUGCAUAUUGAAGCUUUUUAUUCUCAGUUUGUUGCUUAAUCGUCAUAUAUUGGCCUAAGGCUGUUGUGUUGACCAGGGGGAGAGGACGCAGUACAGGGAUAUAGCAAAAAUUUACAUUUUGGAAAACACGUGUCCCCGAGAGUCAGAUGAGAAAAGUGAUACCAAUCAUAUUUAUACCUUGAAUAUGAACUUUAUGCUAACAAGUAAUUUAUAUUAGAAUAAAGAUUCAAAACAGAGAUAAAUUAUGAAUCUGGUUCUGUCAAAAACAUCUGCUUAUGUACAUCUAGAGCUCAUUUAAAAAAAAAAAAUACCUUGAUUACAGGGACCAUGAACUGAAUAUAAAGAUGGACUCCCCUAAAGUGAAGCCAAAUCCCCACCUGGUGGCUGGCUGCAGUAUAGGUCAUAAAUCCCGCCUCCUUCAUGUUAGCAUAUGGGACGUGGGCCAAACCAAAAAGUCAAGGUUUAGGUCGUAACAGUUUAUAAACAGUCUACGGCUGGAACCAGUAACUUGCUUCCAUUACACUCAUGCUUUUGAUCCUCAGACCAGGACAGCUGUUUCCCCCAGUUUUUUUGUUUUUGUGCUAAGCUAAGCUAACCAGCUGCUGUUUACAUCUUAGCCUCCGGUUUACUUCAGGGACAGACAUGAGGGAGGUAUCACUCUUUUCAUUUCCCUUUCUGCCUGAAUCGUAGUUAAAAAAAAAGAGAUCACAUCUUACUCAGAGAACUGCCGGAGGCCACGUCAUAAGCUCAGAGGAUUUGAAGAGCAACAGCUUAGAAUCUUGUAACGUUUGUCUGAUUUUCUUCAAAAUGAUUAAAACAGUUAAAAACUGUUUUGUGAAACACAAAAAGUACAUGAUAUAAUAUGUGUUGUUGUCAAUAUGCUCUAUACGACUGUGUUUGCAUAGUAAGGCUUCAAAUCAGGUAAGACAGAAAGAGUAUAUUUCAUGUUUACUUACAUGGUGUUAAAUUGUGUGGUUGUGAAAAUAUCCGCCAAGUACAACUCAAUGUUUUUUGCUAUAUAUGAACAUGUUUUCAUCUACAGUGUAUACCCAUCAGAGGAGUUUAUUUAUCUACUGAAUAUUUAUGAAAUAGCCUUGUUGCUUUGAAAGAAUUCAGAUGUUAAAGAUGUUUUAUGAUUGUUCCUGCUGCUAUGUAAUUAUUUAGACUAACUGCUAUUUUUGUGAUCUGUUAUUAUUGCCAUUAAAGUGACUGUCUCA